AUGGAUAUAGUUGACAGUCUAUUUAUGAAUGGCAGUAAUAUUACUCCUCCCUGUGAACUUGGACUUGAAAAUGAGACAUUUUUCUGCUUGGAUCCACCUCGUCCUUCCAAAGUAAAUUGGCAGCCAGCGGUGCAGAUUCUCUUAUAUUCCCUGAUAUUUCUGCUCAGUAUCCUGGGGAACACCCUGGUGAUCACCGUACUGAUCCGAAACAAGAGGAUGAGGACAGUCACUAACAUAUUUUUGCUCUCCCUGGCUGUCAGCGAUCUCAUGCUUUGUCUCUUCUGUAUGCCAUUCAAUCUCAUUCCUCACCUGCUCAAGGAUUUUAUUUUUGGGAGUGCUGUCUGCAAGACCACCUCUUAUUUCAUGGGCAUCUCCGUCAGUGUAUCCACUUUCAAUCUCGUUGCCAUAUCUCUAGAGAGAUACAGUGCGAUUUGCAAGCCCCUGCAGUCAAGGGUCUGGCAGACGAAGUCCCACGCGUUGAAGGUUAUUACUGCUACUUGGUGUCUCUCCUUUACUAUCAUGUCGCCAUAUCCGAUUUACAGCAACUUGGUUCCCUUUACCAAAUAUAACAACCAGACAGCUAAUAUGUGUCGCUUUCUGUUGCCAAGCGAUGUUAUGCAACAGUCCUGGCACACAUUCCUGCUUCUCAUCCUCUUUCUUAUUCCUGGUAUUGUGAUGAUGGUAGCAUAUGGAUUAAUCUCUUUGGAACUAUACCGAGGAAUAAAGUUUGAUGCCAGCCAGAGGAAAUCUUCUAGAGAGAGGAAAUCCAGCACGGGCAGCAGCAGCAAAUACGAAGAUGGCGAUGGCUGCUACCUGCAGAAAUCCAAGAAGAGGAAGAAGCUGGAGCUACAACAGCUGUCCAGCAGCAGCAGCAGUGUCAAGAUUGACCGAGCCCGGAGCAGCAGCUCAGCUGCCAACCUGAUGGCCAAGAAGCGAGUGAUCCGAAUGCUAAUUGUUAUCGUGAUCUUGUUCUUCCUCUGCUGGAUGCCCAUCUACAGCGCCAAUGCCUGGAAGGCCUAUGACACUGCCUCUGCUGAGCUGCUCCUCUCUGGGGCUCCCAUCUCCUUCAUCCUCUUGCUCUCCUACACCUCUGCCUGUGUGAACCCCAUCAUCUACUGCUUCAUGAACAAACGCUUCCGCCUGGGCUUCCUGUCUACCUUCUCCUGUUGCCCUCGUCCAAACCCUCCAGGAGUGAGAGGAGAAGUAGGUGAAGAGGAAGAUGGAAGAACCACCGGGGCGUCUCUGACCAGGUAUUCAUACAGCCACAUGAGCGUCUCUGUCCCUCCUACAUGA